AGAAAAGAAAAGAAAAAAAGACGACGAGAGAAGAGCACUGACCACCUCAUUUUUUUCCCCCAUUUUUGCAAUUACAAGAACAAAAAAGCGAAGUAUUUUCGUGGGACACCCAAACUCGACGACGCCAACCACCUCUUGUCCCUCGCUCUCCUUUUUCCCGGUGUCCUUCUUGUCUCGGUAAGUCCCCAAAUUCUGGUUCGUUCCGUCUAGGGUAACUGCUCACUGCUGACCGAUUGCCGGUCAGGGCGGACAUCGAGGAAGGACGGGAUUCCUGACACCUUUUUUGCUGUUAAGUAACCGUGGUUGGUGGAGGCUGUCGGUGAGCUAUUCAGUGGCUUGAGUUGUGAAUUUGGGUUGUAGUUGCAGUUGGUGGUUAUAUUUGACGACUGAUUUCAGCUCCAAGAGACGUUGAUUUUUACAACUUUGGAUUCGCUGGUUGCUUCAAAUUUUGUUCGUCUCUUCCAGUGGGCUUGAAUAUAAAGUCUUCUUCAAUUAUGAUUGAAGAACGUAGGCGAUUCUUUAAGUGAUUGCUGGUACUUUAUGCUUCCUCUAUGAUGGCUGCUAGUUGCUCUUUACAAUUUCCUUAUGAAUUGGGCAUCUGCAAGCACCAUAGACAAUCUAUAAGACUGAAGAGGUUGGUUGGAAAUGGGCGGCUAUACUCAUUGAGUUCUCCUCUUUCUUCACAAGCUUUGAGGACAGAUACUUGGAGUCUACAUCUUCUGAACCAGAUUCACAGACCCAUACAUGUGUCUCCUAAGUAUGGCAUCCUCACCUGCAGAUCAUUUUUCAUGCCAGGUCGGGGUGAGGAGAUUCCCAUUUAUAAAGCUGCUGUUUUGGCUUUGUCUAGGUCAUGUAAUGCUUUGAGUAGAAGUCCCAUUCUACUUCAGUUGGCUCCAGCAGUUGGAGUCAUUGCUUUUUCUCUGUGGGGCUUGGGACCAGUUGCACGUAUUGUUCGUCGCAUCUUCUUCCAUAGGAAUGACAAUAGUUGGAGAAAAAGUAGGACGAAUUAUGUUCUUACCUCCUACCUUCAGCCUUUGUUAUUGUGGACUGGAGCAACACUUGUCUGUAGGGUGCUUGACCCAGUAACCCUUCCUACUGAAGCUAGUCAAGCUGUCAAGCAACGCCUUGUGAAUUUUGUCCGUUCAUUGUCGACAGUGUUAGCAUUUGCAUAUUGCUUCUCAAGCUUGAUUCAACAAACACAGAAGUUUUUUAUGGAGACAAAUGACUUGGAUGAUGCUCGAAACAUGGGGUUCCAAUUUGCUGGAAAAGCGGUGUACACUGCAGUUUGGGUUGCAGCAGUUUCCUUAUUCAUGGAGUUGCUGGGUUUUUCAACACAGAAGUGGUUAACUGCUGGAGGUCUUGGGACAGUGUUGCUUACUCUUGCUGGCAGAGAGAUAUUCACAAAUUUUCUGUCAAGUGUGAUGAUUCAUGCAACAAGGCCGUUCGUGUUGAAUGAAUGGAUUCAAACUAAGAUUGAAGGCUAUGAAGUCUCUGGUACAGUUGAGCAUGUAGGUUGGUGGUCACCAACUAUUAUAAGGGGUGAUGAUCGGGAGGCAGUGCACAUUCCAAACCAUAAGUUCACUGUAAAUGUUGUGAGAAAUCUCAGCCAGAAAACUCACUGGAGGAUCAAGACUCACCUUGCAAUCAGCCAUUUGGAUGUGAACAAGAUUAAUAAUAUUGUUGCAGACAUGCGAAAGGUUUUGGCAAAGAAUCCUCAGGUGGAGCAGCAACGAUUGCACAGAAGGGUAUUCCUAGAGAAUAUUGAUCCAGAAAAUCAGGCUCUUUUGAUUCUCGUGUCUUGCUUUGUGAAGACAUCACAUUUUGAGGAAUACCUGUGUGUCAAGGAAGCCAUACUUCUUGAUCUCCUCAGAGUUAUAAGCCAUCAUCGCGCAAGGCUUGCUACUCCCAUCCGGACUGUUCAGAAAAUAUAUGGUGAUGCCGACAUUGAGAAUAUCCCAUUUGCUGAGACCAUCAUCUCCAGGGCUGGUGUAAAUAAUAGUCGUCCAUUCCUACUAAUUGAGCCAAGUUCUAGGAGUAAUGCCGAUGACAGAGCAAAAGCACGUUCCACUCGCACAAGUGAAGAGAAUGAUGUAAAGUCGCAGAACCCUGAGGCCAAGAGUGCAUCAUCUGAAGGUGGGGCACAGGGUGGCUCUGAAAACAAGCAGGGUAACAAGAAGGCAAGGGACCAGGGUAAAGUUGAUGCAACUCCUGGAACAAAUAUUCCAUCCACAUCAACAGCUUCACAGUCAGUUAAAGCAGGCACUGGGGCCCCAGAUUCAACGGCACUGAAUCCAAAAGAUAGUACACAAGUUGCUGAGAAGACUGUAUCGACAGUGUCUGAUAACAGUGGCGACAAGAUGGAUGGUUCCACCACAUCAGUUUCACAUGCCAAACUUGAAGGUGAGAAGGGAGCAGCUUCUCCUCCAACAGCAAGGUCUGCCUUGCAGGAUAACAUUGUACUUGGUGUUGCUCUUGAUGGAUCCAAAAGGACAUUGCCAAUUGAAGACGAGAUCAAGGAGAAUGAGUUAGCAGCUCUUCGCAACGGAAAUAAUUCUCCUGCUGGAAAAGAUGGGCAGUUUCCAGCAGUUCCAGGUGCUGCUGCAUCUGGUGAUCCGAGAGAGCAAGACCGGUGAUGGGGGUUCUGGGUGUUCUUCUGUCUAAUAUUUGUUCAUCUCUCAAGCAGUAGGCCGUAUUUUUUUGGGCUCGCUGGCUGGUUGUCUAUAAUAUACAGAAAAGGAAAAAGAGCUGUUGAUGAUCACCUUGAUCCGCAGCAAUUGUUAUUCUUGAAAGGACAGUUGCUGAAGAAAGGAUGUCAUUUACAAGCUCCAUAUAUUCUCAUCUGCUUUGGUUUUCUUUAGUGACUCAUUCCCUUGGCUUAGCCAAUAGGCGAUAAGCAUGUCCCCUCUGACACGACAUGCUUUAAGCAAAUUUAAGUCCUUCAGAAGCCGUGUAAACAUGAUUUACCGAUGAAUCGUUCUUGUUUAAAACUUUUUAUCUUUUA